UGAAAGGUACACACGAUGGGCAAGAUAACAAGGGUUAGAACAGGAUGCUGGACAUGCAAGAAACGACACCGGAAAUGUGAUGAGGCUAAGCCUCAGUGUAACAAUUGUGUAUCUACAAAAAGGGUAUGCGAAGGUUAUGGUAUUCGACUUUGUUUCGACGUAGAUGAUUCAAGAAACCAGGAGAGAGUUGAUCAGAAAGGUAAUCAUCGACCACACUUUGCCGGACGACCGCGUAAGAAAACUGCGAAAGCGAGUAUAUCGGAUACCAAAAUAUACAACACAAAAAAGUUGGAAGAAGUAUUUACACCUGGUCAUAUUAAUUCAGCAACUCCUACAGCGAAAGUUGAAGCUUCAUCAUUGUAUCCAAAAUCAUCUGGAGCAAACUUUGAAGCCUUUGGGACGGAAUUGUUUGAAGGGCUUGAAUAUUUAUUAAAAUCACCAACUGUACAUGCGAAUACAGCCAUAAACACAACCAAUAAUGUCAAUACUUUUAUGGAUGCUCCCUUGUUUACAGAUUUAGCAGUGAUACCGCCUCCAACACCAAUUCCAGAUAUAAGUGUGGGAAAUCCAAAAUCUGAACAGGUUUUUGAUCGAAAUUACUCGACACCUCAGGGAUCCACAGACCUGACGUCCAGUAUUAUUUCAGCAGAGGAUAGUUCACUUUCAUAUGAGGAAGAGAAUAUGAUGUUGAAACAUUUUUUCAAAAACCUUCUCCCAUUACUUGAUGCACAUCCAAACUCUCCAUGGCCAGAUUUAGCUCUCAAGUAUUGUGAUUUCGAUAUAGCCCGAAGUUGUUUCAUCUCUCUUGCAUGCAUUCAUAUUUACGAAAGUAGAAGAGGUGGCAACGAGUACUACAGGAAAGGGAUGGCUCAUAUUAGCAACACCAUGGACUACCUAAUACAGUUUAUUAGCUCAAGUGGGAAUGAACAAGCAGUAGGUACUCCCGAAAGCAAUAAGAAAAAGCUUAUUAGUUCCUUUGUUAUUUUGGUGUUGAUAAAUGUUCAUAUUUUAUUUGCCGUUUUAGAAAAAGGAUUGAGUUCAUUUUCAAGGUUUUUUUUCAAAGUUUUUUCUUCAGUUUGUCAAGAUACUGCCUUUUAUAACACACUCAAGGAGAAUGAGAAGAAACAUUCAUUAGCAGUUGUAUUAUCAUGGUAUGAUACAGUUAGUGCGAUCGUUUCGCCUGAUUGCCGGUUGCCUUAUUGUGAUUCGAAAUGGUAUGGGUCAUCUUUCAAUGGGACCAUCUCCACUGCAAAAAUGAUGGGAUGUCCAGGAGAGAUCUUUAAAGCUAUGUCUAAAGUUUGUUUAUUGAGACAUGAAUUAGCAAAUGGUUUGAAAACAGAUAGAUCUUUAAUCUUGAAUGAUUAUGAACUUACCAAAAUUAAUAUUUUAAAAUAUAGAGAUUAUGUUGAUUUUAGAGAUGGUGAAGACUAUGCGAUUCGAUUGAAAGCAGCACAGUGUUGGGCCCUUGCAGUUCUUGUCACACUUACGAAAACGGUCAAACCAGAUGUGAGAUAUAAUUUAACUAUUCAGUCUUUACUCCAUGAAUUUAUUGACGUUUAUGGAUCGAUGACUCCGACACUUCCUGUUGUGACCCAAAUGGUGUGGCCGGUAUUUGCAAUGGGAUGUGAAUGUAAAACAGACUUUGAAAGACAAAAAUUAUGUGUUUUCAUGGAUACACUUUAUCUGAAUGCACAAAUGGGAACUUUAUUUACAUUAAAGAAAAUAGUAUUACAAGUAUGGGAUACAGGAUGCAGUUCAGAAGAAGUAAUUCAAAAAUGGGUGGAUGAAGGAAUUGACUAUUUACCUUUAUAG